AUGUGGUGCACAUCAGAACUGAACAGUCUUUCCAAGACGACAACCACAGGGUCUCGCUCGGUCUUGCGGGAUGACAGCAACGACUUGAUGUCGGCACCUGUUGAAGCUGAAGCUCCUGUUGACUAUAGCGACACGUACCUGGCUAUAGCCGUUCAAGUGUUUGUCGUAGCUUUUCGAGGAGCUGCACCGACGACGUUUCAUGUCAUUUCGAUCGGUCAUGGAGGUCUUCCUGCCUUUCACGCUGCCCAGAUCUUCAAACGGUACAAAAAGAGAGACGAUGAACCCCCGAACGAGAACAGCGAUCACGCAUGGUUUUCUCGUUGCUUUGGUGCUUUCAGUAAGCGGCGCGUUGGCUAA